AUGUCUCACAUUCGUAAAGGUUCAUCCGCAUCAAGUCCCGGUUUACGUAACAUAAAUGUGACUUCAGGAAAUCCUUUGUCUGAUAUAUCUAACGUUGAUAUAUGCAGCAACACUGACAAACCUGAAGCUGUUCAAAGAACAAAAGCUAGAAGAAUAUAUUCCAACAGUAAAAGAUUCAAUACAACCUCAUCGCAGACUCAAUCCACACUAAAUUAUUCAACUCAUAAUAAUAAAGAAAAUUUAAGUUCAUCCACAUCUACCAUGUAUAACAGAUCAUUUUGUAGCCGUGGUAUAAACAUCAAUUUUUCUUCUGCUUUAUCAUAUUCGGAAAUUCAUAAUACGAAUCUUCCUUUUUCAACAUAUCCUUCACAUGAUAUUUCCAAUGUUUCUAUACGUAAUGUAGACAAGGAUGAGGCUGCAAAAAGAAGGAAGGCUAGACGUAUAUAUUUGAAUAGCAAAAGAUUGAAUAAAAAUUCAACACAGACUCAAUCGACAUUAACUUCUUAUACGACAAAUAAAGAGAAUAUUAGUCUGAACACUACUUUUACGUUGAAUAGAUCAUCUUUUAGCGUCCUCUCAAGUAUCAAUGUCUCUUCCGGUUCAUCUAAAUUCAAUUCAGGAAACAUUGCAUCUUCCAGUGGUAUUCCAAGAAACAUUACAAGCAACUCAGCAUCAGACAUGAUACCUUCUUCAUCAUCUACAAUUCCACCAAAUACUGUUAUAGCAUCAGACGAACCUUCACCAUUGAUAAGAAUGUCAUCAGGAAAGCGUAAAUUAGUAAGAAAACGACGAAACUUAACACCUAUACCUAUUAUUGAUUUGACAACAGAUGAUGAUAACGAGUUUGCUGAUAUCAUUGAUCAACAUUUAAAAGGUGUUUCAAAAGACUACUUGGAUCAUGGUGACCAGAUAAUCGUGUGUCGAACGUGUAGCGCAAAGCUAUGGAAAGCAGAGGCGGAUAGGGGAGAACAGAAGCGAAAUAAACCUAACUAUUUCCUUUGCUGUUCAUACGGUAAAGUUUUGUUACCUGAUUUUAAGCAGCCUCCUGAAAUUUUGAAAGAUCUAUAUGUUGGCGUCAGUGCGAAGAGCAAAUUCUUUUUAAAAAACAUUCGGCGUUAUAAUUCUAUGUUCUCAUUUACAUCUAUGGGAGGAAGGAUUGACAAAACUAUCAACCGUGGAAAUGCACCUUAUGUGUUUCGAUUAAGUGGUCAAAAUUAUCAUACUAUUGGGAGUCUAUUACCUGAAGAUGGAAAUGAGCCAAAAUUCAGCCAGUUGUAUACAUACGACACAGAUAAUGAAAUAUUUAAUCGACAAAAUGCUGUUGGGGGCUCAAACACUUCUUUUACAAUAACUGAGUCAGCUUUUGAUGUUCAGAUCAUUGAGGAACUUACACUUAUGUUAGACACUAACAACGCUUUGGUUAAAAUUUAUCGACAAGCUAGAAAUUGUUUAAAUGAAAACCCUUACAUCGACUUGAAGCUUUGUCUAAUUGGUAAAAGAUCCAAAGAUGGUAGGACAUAUAACCUUCCUGAAGCUUCUGAAGUUGCUGCAUUAGUUAUUGGAGAUCUGACUCAAGCUAUUGAGAAUCGUGAUAUAGUAGUGAAAAGAAGAUCUGGUCGGAUUGAGCGCAUAAGUGAAUUACAUCCUUCUUAUCUUUCUCUACAAUACCCUCUUCUAUUUCCAUACGGAGAAGAUAUGUACAGGGUUGACAUUCUUCAUAGAGGUCUCAAUCCAGACACGAACAGCAAACGUCCAAUGUGUACUAUGCGUGAGUUCUUUGCUUAUAGAUUACAAGAUCGUGUCGAUAAGUUUUCUUUGAUUCAUAAUGCAAAAAGACUUUUCCAACAAUUUGUUGUUGAUGCUUACACUAUGAUUGAGAGUGAAAGGUUGUUUUACAUACGGCGACAACAAACUCAUUUGAGGUCAGAAACUGUUCAGAAUAUUCAGAAUGCAAGUAAUGCUGGAAAAAAAGAUAUGUCAAAAAUUGGAACACGUAUCUUUAUUCCAUCUUCCUUUACUGGCGGUUCUCGAUAUAUGAUGCAAAAUUACUUAGAUGCAAUGUCUUUGUGCAAAUGGUUUGGGUAUCCAGAUUUUUUCAUCACUAUUACGUGUAAUCCAAAAUGGCCGGAGGUGCAAAGGUUUUUAAAAGAUACGACGAUAAGGCCUGAAGAUAGACCAGACAUUUUGUGUCGAAUUUUCAAGAUAAAACUAGAUUCCAUAACAAAAGAAUUGAAAGAAGGCAAGUUGCUCGGUAGAGUUAAUUCUGAUUAUAUUUUUGUUGUUGUACUCUUUUCAGGAAUGCCGAAUCAUAAGUUGGUUUUAAAAGUUGGUGUUCCUAUCAUGCUGUUACGUAACCUUGAUCAAAAAAACGGUCUGUGCAAUGGUACAAGAUUACAAGUCGUAAAACUUGGUGAUCGGAUUAUUGAAGCAAAAGUGAUUUCUGGUAAUAAUAUUGGUACUAGAACUUUUAUACCAAGGAUCAAUCUUUCCCCCUCUGACAAACGAAUACCUUUCAAGCUUCAAAGAAGGCAAUUCCCGAUAGCUGUGUGUUUUGCAAUGACGAUAAAUAAAAGUCAGGGACAGUCGUUAUCUAAGGUUGGUUUGUUUCUAAAGCAGCCUGUUUUCACUCACGGACAACUAUAUGUUGCAGUUUCAAGAGUCAAAAGCAUGGAUGGUUUAAGGAUGUUAAUAUUAGAUGUUGAGGGGAACGUUACUAAUAAGACUACAAAUGUUGUAUACAAAGAGAUAUUCUCAAAUUUAUAG